AUGUACGCAAUACUGAAGCAUAUCAGUCGAAAGCUCGCCAUGCUCAGUGUGAAGCUCGCCAUCAUACGCAAGGACGAGUUCAUGUCUCUUUCAACAUUGGUUCCCUUGUAUAUACCCCAUUUGAAAUUGGACUGGGACAUUGCCCCCUAUCGACGCUUUGAAUCCUUCAAGCACAGAUUUAGCGUUGCUCAGUUCCCAAGGCGAGCGAUCCAAAUCCCUGUAUCACCUAUUUCCUUCCUCACCCCUACCUACCGACCUAAGCAGCAAGAAAGAAAGAUCCUCUCUAAUUUGGACACGUCGUUUGGUUCGGCUCGGAAACAACAGCACGAAGGUUUUGCCGAUAGAGGUGAAACCGCUCCAACCAUCGUCGAGGUAACCUUUGUACACCUCAACAAUCGUAUGAACAAGUGCAAUGCUCUGGGGCUUCCCUGGGGCGAGUCCACACCCAAGCAGCCCGACAAUAUGGACCUCAAAUUGGCCCCCACCUACGAGAAGCCUGUCUCCGCGGAGUAUAUACCUCCAUUUCGCCGACAAAACGAUAGGAUCAUUGAAUAG